GCCCUGGUGCGGGCCGCGCUGUCCUACGCGGAGUUCAGGAAGCUGGAGCUGGCCAUCCCCGGCCCCUUCUCGCUGCCCGUCCUCGGCAACGCCCUCACCUUCGCCACCGUCACCCAGAACAACAUCUUGGAGACGUGCCUCCGCGUCAUCGGCGGCCGGCGCGAGCUGUGCCGCAUGUCGCUCUUCAACCACCUGGUGGUGGUCGCGUCCGACCCCGAGGACAUCGCCCAGGUCCUCAAGCGCAAGGAGUUCAACGACAAGGCCCAGUUCUUCUACGGCUUCAUCCGCGCCAUCGCCGCCAAGGGCCUGCUGCAGAUCAACGGGCCCGACUGGAAGGUGCACCGCAGCGCGCUGGAGCCCGCGCUCGCCAAGGACGUCAUCGAGCGCUACAUCGACGUGUUCUCGGAGGAGGCGGACAGGUUCUCCAAGAGCAUCCCCCGGGAGGUCCUGGACGUGCACAAGGCCCUGGCGCUGCCGCUGGUGCGGAUCUUCACGCGCACCUCCAUGAUGACCGACGACCUGGACUCGGCCGACGAGCAGCGCCUGCGGGACUCGGUGCAGCUCCUCGACCAGUGCCUGGCGGCCGUCAACGCGCGCAGCUUCUCGCCCUGGCUGUGGCCCGACUUCGUCUUCAACAGGACGAGCAUGGGGCGCAGCCUGAAGCGGCAGCUCGCCAACAUGCGCGAGUACGUGGACGCCUCCAUCGUGCAGCGCCGGCUGCAGGCCGUGCGCGACGCCAAGGUCUGCGACGUGGCCCUCGCCCGCAAGCAGAUCCUGCUGGACAAGAUGCUGCAGAGCGAAGCCUUCAGCGACCAGGACAUGAUGGACGAGAUCGUCACGUUCCUCAGCGGCUCCACGGACACGUCCAUCGCCACGCUCAGCUUCGCCUUCAAGAUGAUGUCCAUCUCGCCCGAGAUCCAGGACCGCGUGCGUGCCGAGGUGGAUGACGUCCUGGGCGUCGGCGCCGACGCGCGCUGCGUGGACCUCCACGACUUGCCCAGGCUGCAGUACGUGGAGCAGGUCAUCAGGGAGACGAUGCGCAUCCUGCCGCCCUCGCCGUUCCUGGCCAGGCAGGUGUACCAGCAGACGGAGCUGGCCGGCAAGACGAUCCCCGCCAACUCGACGCUCGUCGUCAACAUCCACGGCGCGCACCACGACCCCGAGCACUGGCCGGACCCGUGGCGCUUCGAGCCGGAACGCUUCGCAGACUUCGCGCCGGGCAAGAGCCACCACCCCUGCGCCUUCAUGCCCUUCAGCGCGGGCCCGAGGCGCUGCCCGGCCAGCCUCUACGCCAUGAUGUCCCUCAAGAUCAUGUUCGCCACCGUGAUGCGCGACCACGUCGUCGAGCCCGUCGACGACGGCAUCAGGGAAGCCAAAGACUUUAAGCUCACCUUUAACGUGACCGCCAGAAUCGUCGGAGGCACGUGGGUCAGGUUCAGACCGCGGUCAAGUUUGGCCGGCUAGUUUCAGGCCCGAGGGGGAAUCACUUCCGGGAUACAAAUCAAAUGAAUUUUAGUUCACUUUCGGUUCAUUUCGGGCAACAACUACUGAAUUUGAAGAAAAAUUAGAUACAUUUUAACUUUGUAAAUUUUGAAUUUUCGGUUAAUAUUGGAGUUUAAAUUUGGCUGGAGUUUCCCUCUUGUUCAGGCCUGCUAGGGGCAGCUGUUGAUGAAAAUAUUCCCAUGUUUCUUUCGUGACCAGUGCAAAGAGUUUUUUCUUUGAACAGGCGGUUUUUCCUAGUUUAGUUCAGUUUUUGUCAUUGUAUUAUUUAUAGAGUGUUAUUUAUGUCACGGCUUUGCACACAAUAAAUGUAAAGUGAAGAAAAACUUUAUUUUUGUUCUCGUCGUUAGGAACCUGCCCCUUAAGUUUGAGUCACUCUGUAAAAUUUUCACCAU